GCCUCCCUGCCCGCGGCGGCCUCCGGCCCCGCGCCCACCGUCCUCCAUCCUCCUCCAUCCUCCGCCAUCGGCCGCCAUCCGCCGUCGCCGCCAUGAUGAUGAUGGCCCUGAGCAAGACCUUCGGGCAGAAGCCCGUCAAGUUCCAGCUGGAGGAUGACGGGGAAUUCUACAUGAUCGGCUCCGAGGUGGGCAACUACCUCAGGAUGUUCCGAGGUUCUCUAUACAAGAGGUACCCCUCACUCUGGAGGAGGCUAGCCACGGUGGAGGAGAGGAAGAAAAUAGUUGCUUCGUCACAUGGUAAAAAAACAAAACCUAACACUAAGGAUCACGGCUACACCACUCUGGCCACCAGCGUGACUCUGUUAAAGGCCUCUGAAGUGGAAGAGAUAUUGGACGGGAACGAUGAGAAAUACAAAGCCGUGUCCAUCAGCACCGAGCCCCCUACCUAUCUCAGGGAGCAGAAAGCCAAGAGGAAUAACCAGUGGGUGCCCACGCUGCCCAACAGCUCCCACCACCUCGACGCCGUGCCCUGCUCCACCACCAUCAACCGGAACCGCAUGGGCAGGGACAAGAAGAGAACCUUCCCCCUCUGCUUCGAUGACCACGACCCUGCGGUGAUCCACGAGAACGCAUCCCAGCCCGAGGUUCUGGUUCCGAUCCGGCUGGACAUGGAAAUCGACGGGCAGAAGCUGAGGGACGCCUUCACCUGGAACAUGAACGAGAAACUGAUGACUCCCGAGAUGUUCUCGGAGAUCCUGUGCGACGACUUGGAUCUGAACCCGCUGACCUUCGUCCCCGCCAUCGCCUCCGCCAUCCGACAGCAGAUCGAGUCUUACCCUAUGGACAGCAUCCUGGAGGACCAGUCCGACCAGCGAGUUAUUAUUAAGCUGAACAUCCACGUGGGCAACAUCUCGCUGGUCGACCAGUUUGAGUGGGACAUGUCCGAGAAGGAGAACUCUCCGGAGAAGUUCGCCCUGAAGCUGUGCUCGGAGCUGGGCCUGGGCGGGGAGUUCGUCACCACCAUCGCCUACAGCAUCCGCGGCCAGCUCAGCUGGCACCAGAAGACUUACGCUUUCAGUGAGAACCCCCUGCCCACGGUGGAGAUCGCCAUCCGCAACACGGGAGACGCCGACCAGUGGUGCCCCCUGCUCGAAACCCUGACGGACGCCGAGAUGGAGAAGAAGAUCAGAGACCAGGACCGAAACACAAGGCGCAUGAGGCGUCUGGCCAACACAGCUCCGGCCUGGUAACCGGCCGGCCUCCGCCGUCGGCCUCCGUCCCGCCGUGGCCUCCUCUCGCCCCCCCCCUCUGCCGCCCACCACGGUCCCGUGACCGGCCCGAUGCCCGGUCACCGUCCGCUACUCCUGCGAAAGGAGGCGUAACCUGGAAGGAACGGAAUUGGGCGGGGAGGAGGGGAAGCUUUUUAUUAGACUUUCGCCCCACCCACCCACCCCUUUAACCCCAGGGGCCUACAGCAGUCCCUUCCCACCCCCCCCCCCGGCCUCCCGGGGGCGGGUGACAGUGUUUGUGUUUGUGUGUCAGGUGAAGCGGCGCAGCCGGGGUCCAAGUCUCUCUGUGUCUGGGGACGGAGGGGGUAAGUGGGACUGGGUUGUACAUUUUUUUUUUUUGUAUAGGUGCCCGGGGCACAGUUAGAAAUACUUUUUAAAUAAAAGCACCUCCGAUUCAGUGA